AUGGCUCCCCGCGCGAGCUCGCCGGCGCUCUCCGAAACCGAAUUCGACAUAUUCGAUGCUCUCGCUGGCGGCGAUCAAGAACAGCAAGAGACGGGUUUGGACGCGAAUCUGGGCUUGGAUCUCAACAUUGGGGAGGAUGACGGCUCCGAUGACGAGGCAUUCAUUGCCGCCAAGCAGGCUGCAUCGAACCGCAAAGCCUCCAACGUAGGGAAAUCGGUCAAAAAAGGUGGAGGUUUUCAGGCAAUGGGCUUGAACGCAGCGCUGCUCAAAGCUAUCGCACAGAAAGGCUUCAAGAUACCAACUCCGAUCCAGCGGAAAGCAGUGCCUCUGAUGUUACAGGGCGAGGAUGUGGUUGGCAUGGCCAGGACCGGGUCUGGAAAGACGGCUGCUUUUGUCAUACCUAUGAUUCAAAAGCUCAAGGCGCAUUCUGCCAAAGUAGGCGCUCGCGGUAUCAUCAUGUCUCCAUCUCGCGAGUUGGCUCUGCAGACGCUCAAGGUUGUCAAAGAAUUAGGGCGCGGCACCGAUCUAAGGACCAUCCUACUUGUUGGUGGUGACAGCCUAGAAGAACAAUUCAGCUCCAUGACCACCAACCCCGAUAUCAUCAUCGCCACACCUGGUCGUUUCCUGCAUUUGAAAGUCGAGAUGGGCCUUGAUCUGUCUUCUGUCCGGUACAUUGUCUUCGACGAGGCCGAUCGUCUAUUCGAAAUGGGUUUUGCAGCACAACUAUCUGAGAUUUUGCAUGCCCUACCGGCCUCAAGACAAACACUGCUAUUCAGUGCCACACUACCAAAGUCACUUGUUGAGUUUGCAAGAGCAGGUCUUCAGGAGCCGAAGCUGAUCCGUCUCGAUGCAGAGAGCAAGAUUUCACCCGAUCUCAAGAGUGCCUACUUCACCAUAAAAUCCGGAGAUCGAGACGGCGCGUUACUUCAUCUUCUCGACAACGUCAUCAAGGUGCCAGUGGGCGAGACUGACGCAUCAAAGAAAGCCAAGGAAGACGCCGAGAAAGCCAGCAACAGCAAGAAGCGCAAGCGUAGCGAAGGGUUCGUAAAAGACGUUCCCGUCGCCGAGUCCACGAUUAUCUUCGCUGCAACCAAACACAGGGUGGAAUAUCUCUCCAACCUUCUUCGCAACGCGGGAUAUGCGGUAUCUUAUGUGUAUGGAAACCUCGAUCAGACCGCUCGCAAAGAGCAAAUACAAGACUUCCGCACCGGGUUGACGCGUAUACUUGUCGUCACUGAUGUCGCUGCCCGUGGUGUGGACAUGCCGCAUAUCAACCAUGUGAUCAACUACGACUUCCCUUCGCAGCCCAAGAUUUUCGUGCAUCGAGUGGGACGCACAGCCCGAGCCGGAAGAAAGGGAUGGGCCUAUAGUCUUUGCAGACACGUCGAUCUGCCGUACCUCAUAGAUUUACAGCUUUUCCUUGGCAAGCGACUACUAGUCGGAAGGUCGAGCGAGGAACCGAACUAUGCAGAAGAUUUCGUUGUCGGAAGCUUAGCGCCAUGGCAACUGGAAUCUUCCGUCGAACUAGUGAACAAGCAGCUCGCCGAGGAUGAGGACCUGGCGCUUCUAUUGAGCGUGGCUGAAAAGGGAGAGCGUCAAUAUCAACGAACACGUAACCAAGCAAGCGCACAAAGUGUAGGGCGGGCCAAGGAGCUAGUAGCAUCCCCGAACUUUGCAGAGACGCACAUGCUCUUCAGCGACGAUGCCCACCAAGCUCAAAGGGAGAAGGAGAACAUGCUUGCCAGAAUUCAGUCUUUCAGACCUGCGGAGACUGUGUUCGAGAUUGGUCGACGUGGAACCGGUAGCGAAACAGCUGAAAUAAUGCGCAAAAGACGAGAGCAGGUCGGACGACAAAAGGCCAAGCAGGCAGCCAACAAGAUGGCUGAAGGCAGCUUGGAUGCAAUCGACGAACCUUCAAGAAAGUCAAAUGAUGGAGUAGAGUCAGACGACGAAGUCGAGGUUGCGAACGGCAUAUACGAAUCUGAUUCUGACGAACUCGAGGUGUCAGUCUCACAGCCAACGUCGAAAAAGUCAAAACAAGACAGCUGGCGGAAUGACGACUAUUUCAUGUCGUACCUCCCCAAGGAGAACAUGGCAGAAGAAAAGGCAUACGGUGUGAGUGGUGGAGAUGCUGGUAACACCAACUUCGUGUCAGCAGCAAGGGCAGCAGAAAUGUCUCUGGUGAACGAUGAGAUCCAAGGAUUUGCGGAUGCAGCCAAAUCGAAGAUGCGAUGGGACAAGAAGUCGAAAAAGUAUGUCAAUCGCACCAACGAUGAGGAUGGGUCCAAGGGAACAAAGAUGAUUCGAGGAGAAAGUGGACAGAAGAUUGCGGCCAGUUUCCGCAGUGGCCGUUUCGAUGACUGGCGCAAGGCCAACAAGGUGAAGAUGCCCCGAGUUGGUGAAAUGGAGGCACCCAACCGCUCUGCUGCAUCCUUCAAUAACGCCCCGCGUUACAAGCACAAGGCGGAGAAGGCUCCGAAGCAGGCUGAUCGGUACCGCGAUGAUUAUCAUGUCCAGAAGAAGCGGGUGGCUGAGGCCAAGGAGAAGCGCAUCGGUGCAUUCAAGGAUGGUGGUGCCAAGAAUGAACUUCGAGACGUGGACGCAGUGCGGAAGAAUCGCAGGGUCAAGGAACAGCGUCAAGCGAAGAAUGCACGCCCAUCGAAGAAGCGGAAGUUUUGAUUAGAUGUAAUCAAGAAGCACAUUUGUCUUGGC